CCGCGCCUGGAUUCCUCUCGGUGGGAUACCGGUGGGAGGGGGGGGCUGACCGACGGACGGACUACAGCCCAUCAGCAGAAGGGGAAAAAAAAAAAAAAAAACACCAUGUGAAGAAAAAGUAUAUAUAUAACGUUAUAUAAAAAAGGGAGACACGGAAAGCUAGCUCGCCAGGGUGAGGACGUAAGUCAUUCGUCUCACCACCACCGGGUCGGCGUUUCUUUAACGGCUCGGCAGAGAGCGAAUGGACAGAGCGGGAGAGGACAGUCUCACCAACGGUAGCAGACACGUAUACCAUGCCGACGAGUGAUGGCCCCAGCCGCUUCCCGGUCUUUGUGGCUCCGCCCCACGCCAACCACCAAAGGUCUCCGGGAUAUGUCCCCGGGCGGGUGGCCCCAGUCCGCUCGCCGCCACCUGCCAAAGCUCCACCGCCUCCACCAAUAAAACCUCACGGCCCCCCGCCGGAGCGUCAGGCCACUUUCAGCCUGUCGGAGGAGAACCAGCGUAGGGAGCGUGCUCAGAACCUCCAGCAAAGAAAAAACACAUUCAUUUGUUUCGGGGUGUCGAUCGGGGCUUUCUUCCUCACCCUCAUUCUCAUCCUUAGUCUCACAAGUGGAGACGUGUUAGAUGAGAAUUGUCCGGACCACAACCCAUCCCUUAGUAGCUGGAACCCAGGCCACCAACCAGAGAAGGCUGUUGUUGUCAGGAAGGGACAUUUGUUUAGAUUGGAGGCUUCUGCUACCUUCCAUUCACUAACGAUCCAGUCAGGCGGUCGGGUAGUUUUUGCAGACAAUGCUGACGGCUCCAAAAACAUAACCUUGAGAACACGUCACAUCCUCAUAGAAGACGGAGGGGCCCUUCACAUCGGUGCUCCCAAAUGUCGCUACCGUUCUCGCGCCACCAUUGCCCUUGUGGGCCGCUCUGACAACAAGGCAGUCCCUGAAGUGCCUGGCCUGGGCCGCAAGUUCAUAGGCGUCAAGAGCGGCGGGACUCUAGAGCUACAUGGUACUGAGACUGUUUCCUGGUCUCUGCUGACCCAAAGCGUCCCAGCCUCCGGUCUGGCCACAGGGGGUUAUGCCUUCCAACGAAACUUCAGCCGAGGCAUCAACUUGCGCGUGGUGGACCAGGACACAGCUGCUAUACUGUUUACUGAGCGCUACGACACACACGACUCUCGCAAUGACAGUCAACGUCUCACCCAGCUGCUGCGUUCCCUGCCAGCGGGCCGCAUUGUCACACUGGCUAUAGGAGACUCGGCUGUGAAAAGUCUUCUGGAUGAAACCAAGAAGGCCAUUGAAGAGAAGCUCGGCAGUAGCUUUGUUUAUGAUCUCAAAUACAGACAGGCGUGGGCUUUGGUCUCGGUGAUAGGCGGCGGUAACACGUCAUGCUCAGAAGACGUUAGGGAACAUGAAAACCAUGACACAGGAGGGAGAGCUGUGGCGAGACGGAAUUUCACAACCGUGGACGGAGUGGGCUUCUCGGUCACCGCCUACAGCGAGUGGAAGAAUGGUUUCCCCAUCUCAGGCUUCCAGGUGGACGCUGUGGACCAGGUAGUGCUGAACCUGCAGGAUGAAGUGCAGCAGACCUGGAAACCCGGGGAUCAGAUUGUAGUUGCCAGCACAGACUACUCAAUGCACCAGGCUGAAGAGUUUACCUUGUUGCCCUGCUCUCGCUGCACCAGCAGGCAGGUCAGGAUACAAGGAAAACCUCAGUAUAACCAUGUUGGAGAGAUCAUAGAUGGAGUGGACAUGCGUGCUGAAGUGGCCCUGCUCUCCAGAAACAUUCUCAUCUACGGAGAAAUGGAAAACUCGUGCUACGGAAACAACUUGUGCCAGUUCUACAACCACGACACCUAUGGAGGCCACAUCAAGAUCUUUGGGAACUACUCAUCAGUGCAUCUGUCGCAUGUGGAGCUGAAGAAUAUGGGCCAGCAGGGCGAGAAAGGCCACUACCCCCUCCACUUCCAUUUGUGCGGAGAUGUAGACCAGAGGGGAGGCUACUGGGAGCCCACCUAUGUGGAUGGGCUUUCCAUACAUCAUUCCUUCUCCCGCUGCCUCACCAUCCACGCUACCAACGGUCUGCUGGUGAAGAACACCGUAGGCUAUGACACCUUGGGUCACUGUUUCUUCCUUGAGGAUGGGAUUGAGCAACGUAACACUUUCUACCACAACCUUGGCCUGCUGACUCGACCUGGGACUCUGCUACCCACUGACCGCAAUGAAACCCUCUGUACUAGCAUCAAGGACAAAGUCUACAAGGGCUACACUCCCUCGCCCAGUACAGAGUGCAAGGCAGUUUCAACAUUCUGGAUUGCCAACCCCAACAACAAUCUCAUCAGCAACGCAGCUGCUGGUUCACAGGAUGCUGGCAUAUGGUUUGUGUUCCACAGCUCUUCCACCGGAGACUCUCAUGGGCUGGUAUCAGAGACCAAGGCAGAGCUCACUCCCCUGGGGAUUUUUUACAAUAACCGUGUACACUCCAAUUUUAAGGCAGGGCUGUUCAUUGAUAAAGGAGUGAAGACUACCAAUGCCAGUGCUGCAGACCCCCGGGAGUACCUGUGUCUAGAUAACAGCGCCAGAUUCCGACCACACCAGAAUGCCGACCCCAGCCGCCCUCGGGUGGCAGCGGUCAUCGACACUCUGAUCUCCUUCAAGAACAACGACUUAGGAGCGUGGAUACGGGGAGGAGACAUUGUCAUCCAGAGCUCUGGCUUUGCAGACAAUGGAGUGGGAUUAUCUUUUGCCAGUGAUGGCAGCUACCCAAAGGAUGAAGGCUCCAGCCAGGAGGUGACGCAGUCUCUGUUUGUGGGUGAAAGCCGAAACAGAGGAACCAAUGGAGGACAGAAUAAAUACUGGGGCCCAGGAGGCGCUGACGCAAAGAUGAGGACACUGCCUAGAAACAGGACGUUCCCAAUCCGAGGUUUCCAGAUCUAUGAUGGUCCGGUGCGGCUCACACAGAGUACAUUUCGUGGAUUCAUCCCCACACCAGAGCGUUAUACCAGCGCAGUGGGAUUCAACCUGAAGAACACCUGGCAGCUCACCCCACGAAACAACCUGUCCCAGCUCAACUUCCACUCCACUGUGAGUCUGCGGGCUUUCUUUGGUCGCCCCGGGCAGUGGUUUGAAGAGAACGACUUGGACGGUGAUAAAAACUCAAUUUUUCAUGAUGUGGACGGGUCAGUAACAGGCUACAGAGACACCUACGUCGGCAGAGCAGACAAUUACCUGAUCCAACAUCCUAGCUGUGUGAAUAUGUCCCAGUGGAGUGGAGUGAUCUGCAGUGGCCGCUACUCUCAGGUGUACAUCCAGACCCAGGGAGUCUCCAGCCUCAGUUUAUCCAUCAGCAGAGAUGAAUACCCUAACGCCCCUCUGGUACUGAGGGGGAUUAACAGCCAGGGGGCACUGUCGCAGCAGUACCAGCCCAUCUUGAUGAUGAGCAAGAGCUACACUCUGCACUGGAGUGGACCUGCACCCAGAGAGGUUGUCCUCUCUCUCAUCAAUUUUGACAAAGAUGACUGGGUGCUGGUGGGACUCUGUUACCCAUCAGACACCACAUUUCAGAUUAUGGCCGACAUCAACGAUAGGCAAAGCAACACCUUUGAUGACAUCACAGACUACGGCACCGUGUCAUCCCUCGCAGAGCUGGAGAAGAAACCGAUGGCGAGGAAGUACUUCUUCGACCAAACUGUUGGCUUGUUGUGGCUCUACCUUCGUGCACGACAUGGUCGCGACGGUCAAAGCUACUGUUCAGUAAAAGGCUGCGAAAGAGUGAAAGUUAUGGCCACCACAUCCUCCAAACAGACCUGUAACUGCUCAGGAAAGGCUUAUCCCAAAUACUCCAAGACCCCUUCAGCAGCGGUGCCUAUGCCAGCUCUGAACACACAGUCCUGCAAAGGCUGUGGUGCUAAACAGCUUGUGUUUUCCAGUGAGCCAUGGACCACCUACCUCCAGACACAAGUUAAGUCUCUCUGCAGCAAAGAGCAGCAGAGAGGAGAUAACAGCUCCUUCAUCACUGUGAAUGAGGUGACCAUGCCCUUUUCUCAGCCUGGGUAUUUCCUGGUCUCCGUGGAUGCCUGCUCUGGGAAAGUCACCAAGAAAACCUCAUUUACCAAGAUGGAUGCCAAGAUGAUACAGUACCUAAAAACUGGAAUACCAAAGAGGUCAAUAGUACUCAUGGCAACACGAGGUCGACCAGAAGGCCUGGUUAGUGUAGCACCAUAUCUGGUCUCCUUUGGAAUGGCCAAACCUGCUGAUCUGCACAGUAAAGAUAGUCUGGCACUUUGGGGGUUCCAGGGUGGUUCUUCACCCCCUCCUUGGGUCUCUCUACAAGCCGGGCAGGGGGAUGAGUUCCUGGGGCUGCAGGAGCGGUACUUGCCCCUCGGUUUAGAGGCAUAUGGCUGUACGCCACCUGCAGCUCGAACACGCAAGGACCUGGAGCUACUCAAAAAAGCCACAGGACUACAAUGACCAAUGUGAACUACACAACUUAACUACCCGAAACACUCUUGCACACAGAUACACAAAACACACACAACCAGCUGAUGAAUGUGAACUGCUGAACCUUUAAUUUAUUAACAGUGGCAAAGAUGUUUCAAUUUCAAGCGGAGAGAAGGUAUUUUAUUAUGAGCGGCAUGGGUUUUUUGUGAUUUUUGCGCGUGUGUGCGCGAGUGUAUGUGUAAGUAGGCCUUGGAGCUGUUGAGUCAAUGCACUUUUCUUUUAAAGACACAACUUGCCUUACCAGCCAAAGUGAUCAAAUGGAGCUUUAUAAUAACAGUUGUUUAUCAUGGACAGCAUUAAAAAAAAAAACCCAAAGCAACUUUAACAUUUACCUUCCAAUCUUAAUAUUUAUUAUGUAGUUAAUGAAAACAGAAUGAAUUGGAUUGAGUCUAAAAACAGAACACAGUGAAUUUGAUACACACAGUCCAGGAGGAAAUUAUGAAAAUAAAUUGCAUUGUCCCUGAAAUGAGACGUGUUCGAUUAAAACCGACAAUAAAACGAGUUGAGUUAGAUGUGCUCAGGUCAAAGGGAAAUAAUGAGAAUAAAUGCCAUUGCAUCUGAGAAUUAAACAGCAAUUUCAAGCCAAGAAUUGAUAUGUAGUGUAAAAGCAGAGCCAGUGGGUGUUAGUGUGUUAACUAUUAAGAUUAUUUGAUGCAGAAAAAAGUCAUUAUAAGCCAUAUUCAUAAUAAUAUUUAAAUGGUUUUAUAGACAUGAUAGUUUGCAGCAAAAUUCAUCUGGCUAUCCUGUCUUUCUAACAUACAAAAAUGCUCUUAAAUAGGUAAGUUACUACUAUACAUUACUCUUUCCACCAAUCCUCGUAUCUUUUAGCUUUUUAGUUGAUGUCUGUAACAACUGAAACUUCGUCUGGAAAACCUCUGAUCAUCGUGCAGCUGUAGAACUUAAGACUUUAAGCACCUUUUUAUGGAUUCCUACAUGGACUUACUGGAUCUUUUUAUUUCAUAUUUUUAUUUAUCUCUUCACAGUGAUGGUGUCUCAAGUGCUGGCCACAUGUGCAGCACAAAAUAUACAUAUAUAUUACUUUCUUUUCUUUUUUUUUCAUUUGCUCAAACAGAAUUGAAUGUUUUAUUUUUCAUCUGCCUCAUUCAUUAUCUUUUCAUGUGCAUUAUGGCCAAAAACUGUGUUUAGAUACAAUACAGGGUGCCUUUUUUAGAGCUCAUGCCCUGAAUAGUAAUGAGCAGCAAAAUGCAAAUAGAUCAUAUACCACCUGUAAGGUAUAAGGCUUUAUGUUGAAAAAAAAAAAAGGUGUUUGGAUGUGAGCAGGGCUCCCCCACUGAGCAAUGAUAAGUAGCUAUCUGUGACUGUGUGUGUGACUGUGUGACUAUAUGAGUGACCAUGUGAGAUAGAGACAGAGAGAUCCUCUGGAGGGCAAUUAGCUUGUUGCCUUUUAACCACUCUACUGUUAAAAAGAGCAAAAGACCAAGAGAAAAAUAUUUCCAUAGUUUCCAUAUCUUUUGUUCAAUUGAUGCUUUGAAGAUGCACAACCAGAGAGUUUUAAUUGAGCUUUGUAAAUAUGGUGCUUAAUGUUCUAACUCAAACUGUACAUGCAAUGGAAAUGUCAAACAGGUUGUCAAUAGUGUGUUUAAUUACUGUGUUUUUGUUUUUUUUGAACAUGGAAACUCAGCAUUUGUUAUGAGAUUGCCAAUUAAAUAAACAUUUAUGCUUUGUGAUAAAA